AUGAGGCCGUGUGCCGUCCUGCUGCUCGCUCUGCUGGUUGAGACCUUCGCUGCCGAAGAGUCCUGUCUGGGCCGCUGCGAAAAUGGCUUUGACUCUCAGAAGAAGUGCCAGUGUGACUCCAUGUGCAAGUAUUACAAAAGCUGCUGCUCUGACUAUGAGCCCGUCUGUGGUAUGAUGACUCGAGGAGACACGUUUGUGUUUGCAGAAGAUGACGAGGACUCGCGUGAAGGUCCGACGCAACCUUCUGGACGUCCGGGAGGCGCUGAGUCUACCCGGCCAACCGUUUCGGACUUCAAUCGCGGACGGCCCCAGCAACGAGGCUCCUCCCUGCAAAUGACCAGACCUCCAGUAACAAUCGAUGAAAGAGUCUCCACUGUUGGCACUGAAGCCUCUAGACUCGCGGACGUCGGCACGACCUCGGCCCCUCAGAAUGCCACGACGGCUGAGACCACCACCGCUCCUGUGGCGGUGACCACCACCGAGGCCCCGGACCCGGACGCCGAGGCCUGCAGCGGCCGGCCUUUCGACUCUUUCAUGCAGCUCAAAAACGGCUCCAUUUACGCCUUCAGAGGUGAUUACUUUUUCGAGCUGGACCAGAAGUCGGUGCUUCCCGGUUACCCGAAGCUCAUAAAAGACGUGUGGGGCAUCCGAGGACCGAUUGACGCUGCGUUCACACGCAUGAACUGUCAAGGGAAGACCUACAUAUUCAAGGGAAACAAGUACUGGAGGUUUGAUGAUGGCGUGCUGGAGGACGACUAUCCUCGUGAUAUCAGCGUGGGCUUUGACAAGAUUCCUGAUCAUGUGGACGCAGCCUUUGCCCUGCCUGCCCCCGGUCACCACGCCAGAGAGAAGGUGUUCUUCUUCAAAGCUGACCAGUAUUACGUUUACGAGUUUUUGCACCAGCCGUCCCAUGAGGAGUGUGUGACCAUGUCGGAGAGGUCUCCUUCCGCACUGUUCAGGCGCUACACGGAUGUUUACUACAACAACUACGAGCGCUUCUUCGGCGAGCUCUUCUCUGCAAUGCCUCAGCAUCAUGACAAGCACCACUUCAUUAACAAAGACUGGAAAGGCCUCAAGUCCCCCGUGGACGCAGCCAUGGCCGGCAGACUCUACGUCCCCCCCAGGAGGUCAACGCCUCUCGGCUAUGGCCACCAGCCUGACCAGCAGUGGGGUCCACAGCAGUACCAGCAGUACCAGCAGUACCAGCAGAACGGAAGGCCGUGGGGUCAGAGGAGGCGAAACCGCUCGCCCUUCUGGGGCUCCAUGGCAGAGCAGGGGAUGAACAUGGGUCAGGGGUUUGCUGAGAGGGGCAUGGAAAUGGGUAUGAGACUCGCGGAGAGGAGGAUGGAAAUGGAAGAGAGAUUCGGGAGGGACUGGGACAGACGAUGGGAUCAGGACUGGGACCAGGAUAGGCGGAGAGAUCGUUACAACCCCAACAACAGAGGCAACUACGACCCCAGGGAUGACCGGUUACCCCAGGGGGAAAUGCCUGUCCAGAGCGUCUUCUUCUUCAAAGGAGAUAAAUACUACAGAGUGGACUUGAGGACCAAGAGAGUUGAUCCCGCAGCCCCGCCUUACCCCAGACCCAUCGCCAAGUACUGGCUUGGCUGUUCAGGCACCACCGGAGCAGAGAAGUAG